AUGGUCUCUACUACGUCCACUCUCUCCGCCACAACCACGAUAACUGAAGUGACUACCCUUAUUCUUACUGAGACACCCACAAUCUCAACCACGUCUGAAUCGAAGGCUUCCACCACCGAGGAACCCGUGGCCACGAUUGAAGAACUCCCCUACCAGGGCACAUACCACGAAAAAGUCCUGUACAGUCACAAUAUCCAUCGAGGAAAUCACAGUGCCCCAAACCUGAACUGGGAUCAACGACUGUCAAAUGCCGCGCAUGAUUGGGCAAUCCAGUGCCAGUUCCACCAUAACACCGGCAUGCUUCCAGGUCGUUACGAUCAAAAUCUAGCCGGUAGCAGUCCCAAUGCUAGUAUGUCUCAGCACAUCUCUGAUUACUGGUACAAUGGCGAGAUGAGGAAUUUCGAUUCUCACUAUGGUCAGAGCAAUCCUGGUGAAGACUUUGGUGGGUAUGGACAUUUUACGCAGCUUGUCUGGAAGGAUACUCGGAGUGUGGGAUGUGCUACUAUCGACUGCCGAGGUUCAUCUCUUGGAAACUAUCUUGGCUUAUUCGAUCGCAAUGUCAUGAAGCCUAUUGGCUGGGAAACUGUGAGGGGCAGUGCAACGGAUCUCAUUGACCGGAAUUCCUGGUAA